AUGUUUCUAUUGAAAGAAAACGAUAACACACCAGCGCUGUUUACUGAAAUGGGCGAAUUAGGUCUGAACGAAUGGAGGGAGACGGCUCGUUGGGUGAAGUUCGAGGAAGAUGUUGAACAAGGUGGUAACCGAUGGUCAAAACCACAUGUGGCCACGCUUUCGCUUCACUCAUUGUUUCAGUUGAGGAGUUGUCUACUAAAUGGUAUCUUUAUAAACGACAUGCCAGAGACAGAUCUCCCAGCGAUUAUUGAAUCGUUAAUCGAUGAAUUUGUGAAAGAAGGUGACAUUGAGGAGGAUAUGCGCAAUGAACUUCGGGAAAUUCUAUUGCGAAAGCAUGUCCAUCAAUAUGAACAAGCUAAAAAGAAUGGUUCAAACGGUGAGAAAAGCGGAUUUCUAAACACGGUACGUUCAAUAUCCGACAUUGGAAAGUCGUUUUCUCAUGGACGCAAUCUUGGAAAACUGGAUAAGGAAUUGGAAAAGGAACCAUUUGGGCCGCAGUUAGAGUUACCUAAGGUUGAGUCGAUGCCUCGUGAUAUGAACAAGGAUGGCUCAGCAGAUGUUAACAAAGGCAACACGCAUUUCCUUAAGAAGCUUCCUCCUGGAGUCGAAGCUAGCAAUGUACUUAUCGGAGAGGUGGACUUCCUACAACGUCAUAUUUGUGCAUUCGUUCGCCUUAAAAGUGCUAACGUUCUUGGUGAUCUAACUGAGGUCCCUGUUCCUACACGAUUUAUUUUUUUAUUACUUGGCCCUACUGGUCAUGGACCUCAGUAUAAGGAGAUCGGCCGUGCAAUUGCGACUCUCAUGGCCGAUGAGAUCUUCCACGACGUUGCUUAUAAAGCUCGUAACAAGGAGGAUAUGUUAGAUGGUGUAGACGAAUUCUUGGACCAGGUCACUGUACUACCUCCAGGAGAAUGGGACCCUACUAUACUGAAACUUAACCUAUUCAAAGUUCAGUUAAAGGAAAAGAUGAGCUUGAUGAGGAAGAGGGUUGAUCCCGCACUGAGACGCACGGGACGGUUGUUUGGUGGUCUGAUUUUGGAUAUCAAAAGAAAAGCUCCGCACUAUAUCAGUGACUUUACGGAUGCUUUUAAUUUGCAAUGUCUGGCAACAACGUGUUUCAUGUAUUUCGCACUUCUGGCACCAAUCGUAACAUUUGGUGGACUGCUCGAGGAAGCAACCCAUCAGCGGAUGGCGGCUAUGGAAAAUAUCUUCGGAGGUGCAAUAUGUGGUGUGUUGUAUCAUUUGUUCGCCGGACAACCGCUAACAAUCAUCGGUUCCACAGGACCUGUGCUGGUGUUUGAAACGAUUGUCUAUGAUUUCUGCUUGAGACUUGGUAUUCAGUACCUCAGUUUCCGUGUUUGGGUACAUGUCUGGACUGCACUUAUCAUCUUUAUAAUGUGUAUAACGGAUGCAAGUGCUCUUGUAAAAGAAUCGUUUGCCACGUUAAUUGCCGUCAUUUUCAUCUAUGAGGCAAUAAUGAAGUUGUGGAAGAUCAAAAAUCAACUGGACGUGAUCAACUACAGUCGUGACGCCGUUGAAGGUUCAUGUUUCUGCCAAUCACCAGUAGGAAAACGUAAGUUCUUUACAUAUCUGUUUAAUUUUCUUGAGAAUUGUCGUUUAAUUGGUGGCUCAUUUGGUGGAGCAACCUGUUAUCCUUUAUAUGACAAGCUGCUCAUGUCAAUCCUUCUAACACUUGCUACUUUCACAUUGGCGAUUACGUUUAAGAGAAUGCGAAACUCAUGCUAUUUUCCGACGCGUGUUCGCCAAGUUUUCAGUGAUUUUGCUGUAAUGAUCGCAAUCGUAAUUAUGACAUGCAUCGAUAUGUUUGUUGGCAUUAACACUCCAAAAUUAAAUGUGCCAAGUUCGUUCCGUCCAACAUGGGAUGGUCGUGGAUGGUUUAUCCCACCUUUUGAUGGAAAUCCACUCUGGACGGCACCGCUGGCAUUGUUGCCGGCUUUGCUAGCUUGUAUUCUAAUUUUUAUGGAUCAACAAAUCACCACCGUGAUCGUAAAUAGGAAGGAGAACAAGUUAAAGAAGGGAUGUGGCUACCACUUGGAUCUCCUAGUGUUAUCCGCCUUGAUAUUGAUUGUCGGUAUUCUGGGUCUUCCGAUUUAUGUCGCAGCUACUGUGCUCUCAAUCAAUCACAUCAAUUCGUUGAAAGUUGAGAGCGAAUGUAAAGCACCGGGAGAGGUGGCACAGUUUGUUGGAGUAUUAGAACAGCGUGUUACUGGUAUGGUAACAUUCUUGAUGAUCGGGUUGUCUGUUCUUAUUACCACGUUUCUUGGACGUAUCCCUAUGCCAGUACUAUACGGAGUCUUCCUCUAUAUGGGUAUUUCGGCUUUAGGAGGCAUUCAACUGUUUGAUCGUAUCCUUCUAUUAUUCAUGCCGAUGAAGUACCAGCCUGAUACUAUCUACAUUCGUCAUGUACCUAUUAAAAAGAUUCAUUUGUUUACUGCAUUCCAAGUUGGUUGCUUAGCAGUGCUGUGGACUGUGAAAUCAAUUAAGACGACGUCAAUCACGUUUCCCGUAAUGUUGGUUGUUAUGGUUGCUGUGCGAAAGUUGAUGGAAAAGUUCUUCACGGUUGAAGAUUUGAGGUACCUAGACGAUCCUAUGCCUGACUUCCAUCUAAGAAAGAAAGAAGAUCUGAAGAGACGACAGAGCGAAGGUGACCCGGUCGACAUUGAGAUCGAAGAGAACCAAGCGACAAUCCAUGCAGUAAAGACCGAGGCCCAUUUACACAUCCCAAUGGCAAGUGGAAAUGUGAUUAAGAUUCCGUUGGCAGCAAUACAGGAGCCGAGUCAUUCUAUCAAUAUGACGAAAGAAGUGAAUAGCAGCGGUAUGUGGAAACACAUAAGUUCGUGUGAUUCGAAAAAUUCUCUCAAUAAGGAAAUACCGAAGAUACAGCAAAAUGACGCACCGUUGGAAACUCCUGAAGAAGAUGAAGAUGCGAUCAUGAUAAAGGCAAAUUUUUUCUAUUUAAUUAUCAUUACUGAUUACGACCUAUCUCUCGAGAUUGAUUCUGUGUAUAAGCUCCAUUAA